AACACAUUUAAUAUCGAAAACCUACGCUACGCUCAAUUUGUCUCACGAUACACUCUCUCUCUCUCUUUCACGGUCUCCUCCGUCUCUGCAACUGCACAACACCGGUGGACCUUAAACCCUAACUCUUCCCAAUCCACCGUCGUUUCAUUCCCGCAUUGUUCACGCGCACACGCUUUUCUCAAAUCCCAAGAUUCUCAAAUCAAUUCACCGCACACUUAAUUUUCAUUACUGAAUAUUCAAGGUGAAAUUGAUUUAACAUGUUUGGAGAGAGGAGCAAAGAGUGGUGAUUUUGUUGAAGUUUUGGGCAGUGUGAUAAUUUUCAUUAGUAGUGGUACAUAGGAAACUUGUAUUAUAGUUUCAACUUUCUAUUUGACGGGGGUUUAAGCGUGAAGCUCGUGAUAAUUACAGUUACUUAAUGAUUUAGUAGUAUAAGACUAUAAGUUGUUUGUAAUGGAUGUUCAUGUGAUAACUAUUGGAGAAGGAAGUGGAUCUAUGGAAAAUAACGGGCAUGCUGAACUUGAAGUAAAUGAUGUUGGAAACUCUGGAUCUCAUGCUGAGGAUGUGGUUUCUUCUGAGCCGUAUUUGGGUAUGGUAUUUGAUUCUGAAGACUCUGCCAAAACUUUUUAUAGUGAGUAUGCUAAACGCUCGGGUUUCAGCUCUAAAGCUGGCUUGCAUGGUCAGUUUAAUGCUGAUGGGACAAAUAUGUUUCGGGAGUUCGUGUGUAGCAUGGAAGGUUUGAAAAGAAGGAUGACUGAAAGUUGUGGGGCAAUGCUUAGGAUAGAGCAAAAGGGUCAAAAUAAGUGGGUUGUUACAAAAUUUGUGAGGGGACAUAGUCAUGCCACGGAGGUUCCUGAUAGGGUGGAAAAACUUCGACCACGGAAACACUUUUCUAGUGUUGGGAGAACCAUGCCUGAAACUUACAAAGGAGUGGGGCUUGUUCCAACUGGUGUCAUGUAUAUAUCUAUUGAUGGGCAUCAUGUUUCCUCCGAGAAUAGUAACAAGAUUAGGAAUUUCCCUGCAGUUGCUGGUGGUAAAACGAGUCAUCCAGUUAAAAAUACCACAUCGACGACUUAUACUGUUAGGAAACCUAUUCAAAAGAAGACAUUAGGGAGGGAUGCUCCGAAUCUGCUGGAGUAUUUUAAGAAAGUGCAAGCUGAAAACCCUGGCUUCUUCUAUGCAAUACAACUUGAUGAAGAUAAUCGUAUGUCUAAUGUGUUUUGGGCAGAUGCAAGAUCAAGGACCGCUUACAGUCAUUUUGGUGAUGCAGUUACCCUGGACACAACACAUAGAGCAAAUCAAUAUAAUGUGCCAUAUGCUCCAUUCACUGGGAUAAACCAUCAUGGUCAGAUGAUUUUGUUUGGUUGUGCACUCCUUUUUGAUGAUUCUGAAGCUUCUUUUAGUUGGCUCUUCAAGACAUUUCUAGCAGCAAUGAAUGACCAUCACCCUAUCUCUAUAACUACCGAUCAGGACAGAUCCAUACAAAAAGCAGUUUCAAAAGUUUUUCCUCAAGCACGGCACUGUAUAAACAAGCGUUAUGUCUUGCGAGAAGGCCACGAAAAGUUGGGCCAUGUAUGUCGCAUGCAUCCAUAUUUUCACUAUGAACUUUAUAAUUGUAUUAAUUUGACAGAAACAAUUGAGGAGUUUGAUUUUUCUUGGAAUUCUAUCAUUGAUAAAUAUGAACUCAGAGGGCAUGAUUGGCUUCGGUCCUUGUAUAGUGCUCGUGAUCAGUGGGUUCCAGCAUAUUUCCGUGAUUCAUUUUUCGCUGUACUAUCUCCUAAUCAAGGAUUUGAAGCUUCUUUUUUAGAUGGUUUUGUCAACCGGCAUACAACAUUACCAAUGUUCUUUAGGCAGUAUGAACUAGCUUUGGAGAGAUGGUUUGAAAAGGAAAUAGAAUCAGAUUUUGAGACAAUUAGCACUACACCGGUUCUAAAGACACCUUCGCCCAUGGAGAAUCAGGUUGCCAAGCUUUAUACACAGAAAGUAUUUUUGAAGUUUCAAGAAGAGCUAGUGGAAACUUUUGCUUAUACUGCCAACAGCAUCGAAGAGGAUGGGGGAAAUAGCAUAUUUAGAGUAGCAAAAUUUGAGGAUGACCAAAAGUCAUAUACUGUCACAUUAAACCAUUCCGAGUUGAGAGCUAACUGUAGUUGCCAAAUGUUUGAGUUUUCGGGCAUUCUUUGUAGGCAUGUUCUAACUGUUUUCACCGUGUCUAAUGUAUUCACUAUACCAUCCCACUACAUCUUAAAACGGUGGACAAGAGAGGCAAAAAGUGGUGUUGCAUUGGAUGGAUGUGGUGGGGACUCACAUGCACAUGAGUCUUUGACAUCACGGUAUACCAAUCUGUGCCGGGAGGCCAUCCGCUAUGCUGAGGAUGGAGCAGUAGCUAUGGAAACUUAUGAUGCUGCAAUGGGUGCUCUUAGAGAAGGUGGAAAGAAAAUUGCUGUCACGAAGAAAAAUAUUGCCAAAGUUUCACCAACAAAUCAUCGAGUCAGCGGGAAUGCUGGUGCUGACAAGAAAACCCAUGCUUCAACAUCAGACACAAGUACAGCCCCUCUUUUAUGGCCACCUAACGAUGAAACAAUGGGGUUUAAUCUUAAUGAUGCCGGUGCUCCAGUUCAACCAGUUGCUGAUCUGAAUUUACCACAAACGACCCCAAUGCCACAUAAGCCACAUAAGCGAGUUGAUGUUCCACCCCCAGUGCAUCAUCAGAGAGUUGAUAGUCCAUCUCCAGUGCCUCGUCAGCGAGAUGAUAGUCCACGGCCAGUGCCUCGUAGGCGAGUUGAUGGUCCAUCCCCAAUGCCUCGUCAGCGAGAUGAUAGUCCACCCCCAGUGCCUCGUAGGCGAGUUGAUGGUCCAUCCCCAAUGCCUCGUCAGCGAGAUGAUAGUCCACCCCCAGUGCCUCUUCAGCAAGAUGAUGGUCCACCUGAAAACACGGUGGUUCUUCCCUGUCUGAAGUCAAUGACAUGGGUAAUGGAGAACAAAACCUCAUCCCCAGAGAACAAAGUAGCUGUUAUCAAUCUCAAGUUGCAAGAUUAUAGCAAGAGUCCAUCAUCAGAAUACGAGGUUAAGUUCCAUCUCUCUCGAGGGACUGUGGGACCUGUUUUGCAGUCUAUGACUGAAGUCAGCGAACAACUUUCAACAACAGCUAAUAAGGUUGCUGUAAUAAACCUCAAGCUUGAAGAUGCUCAGGCUUCUGGUGAGUCUGAAGUUAAGUUUCAAGUGUCCAGGGAUGCAUUGGGUGCUGUGCUACGAUCAAUGGCAUAUAUCCGCGAGCAACUUUCUGGUGCUGUAACUGGAGACGUGCACUCAGAACCUGUGUCGAAAAAGCAUCGAAAGUGAAGCAUCAAAGUUUUAUUUAUUACCAAGGUGGUUGGUUAUGUGCGUAUGUAUCAUUUUGAUGGCAGUGUGGUGGUCACUUGAUACACAGAUGAAUUAGAAAAUGUAGUGUCUUUUUCUAUUUUUGCGCAAGCUUCUUUCUCUCGUAAAUUUGUUUUCUUGCACAUUUGUACAUGUAUCAUAUUGUAGGCAGCAGACUUGUUUGAUAGGAAGCAUUUGGAAAAUCCUCUACCCUGUAUCCAUGUAGAGAGGGGGAGAGGCAUUCUCCAAACAAUCAAUUACAAUUAAGUAGAAAUGGUUUUUAGAAAGUAUAAUUACUGUUCAGUGUUA